CACGUUCCGCUGAGCCAGAGCCAUUCUCCGAAAACCGAGAGAGAUGGGGCGGUCUGUGCCGUGAGCACGGAGAUUGGAAGAAAGAAAACAAGGACAGGACAAGCGAGACAGAAAAGGACAUCUGGAAAAAUCGGAAGGCAGAAGACGGGGCAAGGAAAAGAAACCCACACCAGGUGGAAACAAGAUCCAGAGCAAACCGGUCGGAUCUACAGUUGUUUUUCUGCAAAAGGGCUGGAGGAUUGCCUUCCCCCCCUCCAGUUAAUGAAAAGUAUUUUAUCCUCCUAAAAGAAAAGGCUGAGGGGCGGUAAAAAUCUGUUUUCUUAGGGAGCGAGCCGAGGGAAAUCCAGACUCUCCCUUUUUGAAGCGUUUGAAAUAAGCCGCUGCCUGAACACUGCAGAACCCUCCUGUUUUCUGAAGAUCUACAUUCCUCCAGGAAAAUUCCAGCCGGAGUAGCCGGUACAGUUAUAUUUUCGUAUUUAAAUAUCUGUGUCUCUUCCCCCCCUCCCGUUAACAACAUUUUCCUGGUUUGUAAGCACGAGUGACAAGAAAGUGUCAAUAUAGAGUAGGAAUAUUUUCAGUUUUCUCUUUUAUCUGCCUGAGUGUUUUUUAAGAGGGUAGGAGUGGUCCUUAUUUCGGGAGAAGACAUUUUAAUUUGAAAGGCUCGUUCUGUAAAUAUAUUCACACCCAUUCGCAUUUAGAAAGAUAUCUUUCGGAGGCUGAAAUUCUACUAAGAUGGAAAAAGGAGCCAGGCACCGAAACAGCACCGAAAAGAACCACCCAGGUGGGAGCGAGUCAGAGACUGGGCCCGGAGAGGGAGAGGGCGGAGUAGCCCUGAAGAAGGAGAUUGGAUUGGUCAGUGCUUGCGGUAUCAUUGUGGGAAACAUCAUUGGCUCUGGAAUCUUCGUCUCACCAAAGGGUGUGCUGGAGAAUGCUGGCUCCGUGGGCCUCGCUCUUAUCAUCUGGAUCGUGACGGGUCUCAUUACAGCUGUGGGAGCCCUUUGCUAUGCUGAACUUGGGGUAACCAUCCCCAAAUCUGGGGGUGACUACUCCUACGUCAAGGACAUCUUUGGAGGACUAGCUGGGUUCCUGAGGCUAUGGAUUGCUGUGCUGGUGAUCUACCCCACCAACCAGGCUGUCAUCGCCCUCACCUUCUCCAACUACGUGCUACAGCCGCUCUUCCCCACCUGCUUCCCCCCAGAGUACGGCCUCCGACUCCUGGCUGCCAUCUGCCUAUUGCUCCUCACAUGGGUCAACUGCUCCAGUGUGCGGUGGGCCACCCGGGUUCAAGACAUUUUCACAGCUGGGAAGCUCCUGGCCCUGGCCCUGAUUAUCAUCAUGGGGGUUGUACAGAUCUGCAAAGGAGAAUACUUCUGGCUGGAGCCAAAGAAUGCAUUUGACAAUUUCCAAGAACCCAACAUCGGCCUCAUUGCACUGGCUUUCCUUCAGGGCUCCUUUGCCUACGGAGGCUGGAAUUUUCUUAAUUAUGUGACUGAGGAACUUGUUGAUCCCUACAAGAACCUUCCCAGAGCCAUCUUCAUCUCCAUCCCACUGGUCACAUUUGUGUAUGUCUUUGCCAAUGUCGCUUAUGUCACUGCAAUGUCCCCCCAGGAGCUGCUGGCAUCAAACGCAGUCGCUGUGACUUUCGGAGAGAAGCUCCUAGGGGUCAUGGCCUGGAUCAUGCCCAUUUCUGUUGCCCUGUCCACAUUUGGAGGAGUCAAUGGGUCUCUCUUCACCUCCUCCCGGCUGUUCUUUGCCGGAGCCAGGGAGGGCCACCUUCCCAGCGUGUUGGCCAUGAUCCAUGUGAAGCGCUGCACCCCCAUCCCAGCCUUGCUCUUCACAUGUGUCUCCACCCUGCUGAUGCUGGUCACCAGCGACAUAUACACACUCAUCAACUAUGUGGGCUUCAUCAACUACCUCUUCUAUGGAGUCACAAUUGCCGGACAGAUAGUUCUUCGCUGGAAGAAGCCUGACAUCCCCCGCCCCAUCAAGAUAAACCUGCUGUUCCCCAUCAUCUACUUGCUGUUCUGGGCCUUUCUGCUCGUCUUCAGCCUGUGGUCGGAGCCCGUGGUGUGUGGCAUCGGCCUAGCCAUCAUGCUGACUGGAGUACCUGUCUAUUUCCUCGGUGUUUACUGGCAACACAAGCCCAAGUGUUUCAAUAACUUCAUCAUGUUGCUAACCCUGGUGAGCCAGAAGAUGUGUGUGGUUGUGUACCCCGAUGUCGGGGGUAGCUCUGGGACAGAGGUGAUAAAUGAGGACACAGAGCAGCAGUGGCAGCCCAUCGCCUCCAAGGACAAGGACUAGUGGAACAGCCCGGCCCUGAGGACCACCAUCUCUUCUCAGUUGCCUCCUCCCUCUUUUACCCGCUUUCUGUCCUCCUGCCCUGCCUGGGUCCCCCCAACACACACCCCUCUGCUUCUGUCAAACAGGGACAGGACCUGGGGAUGAGUGGUGAGAAAUUAUAAACAAAGACACUAACUUUAGUACCCAAAGAACCAGACCUUCACCCCCAGCACCUGUGCCCAAAGGCAGGGCUGCCCAUGCUGCUGUGAGAGGACAGUGGAGCUGCUGGAGUGCCCUCCGGAGCCCUCUCUCCCCAGCCCUCACCCUGUUGCCUCCUCAGGAGCCUGAGUUCAGGGUUCAGGACUGCUUUCCCUUCCCAUUCCUGAACCCAAGGCCUCAGCUCUGAGAGAAGUGGCAGCAACAAGCAACAGUGAGUAGGCUGAGGAGGGACAGACUCAAGCAAAUCUGUCACCAUUAAAAGUCAGCUGGAGAGACCUGUAUCGCUUCCCUCUGCCCCCCCCCCCAUUCCUCCCCCCACGCCUCCAUCCAUCACAGCCUGGGCUCCCUGUCCAGAGUAAGUUCCUCUGGAUACCAUCCCCACCCACAUCCCAUCCCCCAUCCCCCACUGGCUAAGGACCAAGGAAAUAGGGGGAACUGCCCCUCACCUGACCCCCAGCCAGUCCUGAGGAACAGAUUGGGAAAGGCUCAGAUUGCAGAAACCCAGCCUUGCCCCUGACCCCUGCAUCAUACCCCCAACUGGGUGCCAAAGCUUUCUGAAGCCAGAAAGUCCUCUCCUAAUGACAAAGCAACUCAGCUCCUCCUCCCUCCCCACACCCCUGGGGAGGAACAGUCACCCUGUCACCUUGCAGCUAUGCUCCCAGCACAUACCACUCAGCCAGCACUGCCUGCCCCUGCCCCCAUCGUGCCCUUUUCCUCCCCUCUCUGGACCUUGGCUCCUGGGACCUAGGACUGGGUGUGAAGGCUCCCCAAGCCCUUCAGGCCUGAAACCUGAGCCAAAUCUGCCUUAAGUCACCUCCCAUCCAAGAACUGGACCUAAAAAUACUCCCUUAUUUCUAACCUUCAGGGCAGACCUGGUAUGAAAAGUUUUCCCCUAGAGAGAGGGUGCUUUCCCAUCGCUCAGAGGGGCCAUUUAGGAAGAAGGCCAGUUCCUCCCUCCUCCCCCAAUUCUACUAACCCCUCUCAGGUCCCACCACUGUCCUGCCUUUGGACAGCCUCCAGGGCGGCGUGAGAAGGCAGUGGUGGCAGGUGCCCACUUUGGAGGCCCUUGGAGAAGCUUGUCCAUGGAAUGAGGACUCUGGCAGAGUCCUUUCCCUGUGCUCCAAAGGAAAGAGGCAGUGUUUGCCCUGGGCCUGGAGCCUUCCCGCCACACCUGCUGUGCUAAGGACUAGAUCCUUUUAUCCAAAACAGGAGCCUCCCCUUUCGUGCCACUCCCCAUACCAUCUGCUUAAACUGGAACACCUGGGAGCCCCUCUGGCCUGCUCCAGUCUCCCAGCUUCCUGCCCGGCCUGCCUGACCCUGCAUUGGUGAGAUGCCAGGUUUGGGCUGAGUUAUGGUUCCUUCUGAGGGGACUCCAGGUGGGCUGGGGCUGGCCCCUGGAGGGUCAGGGGACCAUCCUCUUAUUUCUUCUUCUCAUUCCUCCAACCACCUUCCCUCCUUCAAGUAUUUUUUCUAAGUGGAUGCCUUACUUUUUGGAGAAAUAUUUUUGAAGCUGGCAUUUCUAUUUCUUUUGGAUUUUUUAAUGUAAGGUUGUUUGGGGGAGCAAGGAGUUGGUUAUACCUGGAUAAUAAUUGUCUGUCUUUGAGUUGGUUUAGGUUUCAGAGGGUGGGUUGGUUGGUUUUGUGGAGGGUUUGGAGUUUUUUCUUUGAUGUAAUAAAAUUUAAAAUGGAAA